AUGGCCGACACAGACUGGAGAAAUCAAACGUCCGUCACGGAAUUCAUCCUGCUGGGAUUUGGGGAUCUCGCUGACCUGCAAAUUCUUCUCUUCCUGCUGCUCCUAGUGAUCUACAUCUCAACCCUGGUGGGAAACACGCUCCUCGUGGUGCUAGUGGUGGCCGAUCAGCACCUUCGGACCCCCAUGUACUUCUUCCUAGGGAACUUGUCCUGCUUGGAGACCUGCUACAGCUCCUCCAUCCUGCCCUGGAUGCUGGCCAGGAUCCUGACGGGGGACAGAAGCGUCUCAGUCUGUGGCUGCCUCACACAACUGUAUUUCUCUGGUUCUCUGGCAUGUGUAGAAUGCUACCUCCUGGCAGCCAUGUCUUACGAUCGGUAUUUGGCCAUAUGCACACCCCUGCGCUAUUCAACACUUAUGAACCCCAGGUUCUGCCUCCAGUUGGCUGUGGGGUCCUGGUUAAAUGGUUUUUUCGCUAUUGCUCUCUUGGUCUUCUUCAUGUCACAGUUAAUAUUCUGCGGCCCCAAAGAAAUUGACCAUUUCUACUGCGAUGUCACCCCCUUGAUCCAACUCUCCUGCGGGGACACCCGCCUGAUCAUAUUGUUGGAUUUCAUCCUGGCCUUUUUAUUCACUUUGCCUCCAUUCCUACUGACUCUGACGUCCUACGCAUGCAUCAUUGCCACCAUCCUAAGGAUCCCAUCCACCACCGGGAGGCAAAAGGCCUUUUCCACCUGCUCCUCCCACCUCAUCAUGGUGACCAUUUUCUACGGGACCCUAAUCAUUGUAUACGUGCUCCCGAACCAUGACACACUACAAGCCCUGAACAAAGUGCUCUCCCUUUGCUACACGGUCUUGACACCACUGGUGAACCCCCUGAUCUACAGCCUGAGAAAUAGAGAGGUCAAGGAUGCAUUGUGCAAAGCUCACAGAAAAUCGAUUAUUUUCACGACACACAGAGUCUCCUAG